CCUUACACAUUCUACUGCAUACUUCUGUCGUUCGCUCAGUUAUUCCUUUCCAGUUAUUAUCGGGGAAGGCGUUGUAUGAUCAAGACUGCUUGUGACUCGAAGUCAUCCAUUGUUGGUAGAAUUGUCAACAAUAUUCUUCGGCAAUUGUCUGUCAAAACACCGGUUACGCUUUCUGCAACAAGACCACUCUCAAAAGAUCCUGCAAUCGACCAAUACUCCUCAUUUCGUCGCCCGUCUCAAUACACCGCAUACAUGGGAGAUAACAUAGUCAAUUUCUACUCAGGGCAGCCAGCUCUGAACCGCGUGUCCUUUCAGCGACAUAUUUCUGAGAAGGUCAACGCCCAUCUACAGAAUCCGGAUACUAGGUUCUACCUCUUCAAAAAUUUCCAACCUCUUGUCAAAAAGGGGGAUAUUGGGACUCCACUUUAUCUGCAGCGCAAGGAUGUAGAUCAUAUUGUGAAAGACGGGUUUGGCAUCGCGCCUUCGAACAUUUCUCCACAAGCCGCAAAGCUUUACGAGGCCACUCGACUCCCUCCCCUUGCCCCCUUGAUCUUCUUGGGUAUAGAUGACCGUUGUGACCCGACGACCAACGCUUCGCCAGCGGUCGACCAUCUGAACCCCCAAGGCACUGCCUACUUUGCGGUAGAUGUCACUGAUAUACCCUUGGAUGAAGAAAAGAUCGGCGGCGAAUGGGGCGAGGCCAGAGCUAGCGGUGGCGCAAUGGAAGGAUGGGAUGCAGGAGUGUUUGCGCAAGCGAGAGCAUUAGUGGAUUGGAAUGGGCGCAACAAAUUCUGUCCCGCAUGUGGCUCUUCUACCUAUUCUUUGUGGGCAGGGUGGAAAAGAGGCUGCACAUCAGCUCUUAACCCAACUGACGGAAAGGAAUGUUUUUCCACCAAGGGGUUGCAUAACUUUGCGUAUCCGCGAACGGAUCCCGUCAUUAUUAUGGGCAUUUUGGAUUCCAGCGGCGAAAAAAUGUUGCUGGGCAGACAAAAAUCAUGGCCAAAAGGAAUGUACUCGUGUUUAGCCGGUUUCAUCGAACCUGGAGAGUCGUUUGAGGACGCUGUGCGAAGAGAAGUCUUAGAAGAGGCAGGCAUUGAAGUCGGGCCUGUUAGAUACUCCUCAAGUCAGCCUUGGCCGUUCCCCGCCAACCUCAUGGUCGGCUGUUUUGGUCGUGCAAAGGAUGGCCAGAUUAUCAGGAUGGAUCUUGAUAACGAGCUGGAGGACGCACAAUGGUUCCCCCGUUCUGCAAUCGCAGCCAUCAUUUCCCACCCAGAUGGUAGCUCUUACACCCCCGCAGAGCUGAAGAAACUCGAAGACAAAAGCGCAUCUAAUCAAACCACUGCUGCAGCGCUUGCGCCCGCCGAAAGGAAACCUGGAGAUGUUUCAAGUUCUUCCGGUCAUGAGAUGGGAGUUACGAGGCUACCACCUGCAACGGCCAUCGCCGGAGUUUUGAUUCGCGAAUGGGCCAAGGGUGGCUUAGACCUGGUCAGCAAGCUUUAAAGCUAAUGACCAUCGUUGGCUGCCUAUCUGUCAUGAAGCGAGGGGUAAAAGCUGCGAGUUAUGGAAGGAUAGCAGAAAAUGGACAUGCUAUGCCCCUUGCCGGCCCUUGUUUAUUUGUUAACAAGUCACACCUCGUCGUAUAUAUACAUCUGGGGCACGUGAAGUGUACAUCAUUAUGCAGGGUUCAGCCGCAAUCAAAAU